UGAAGAAACCGACAUUUGAUGAAUUCUUUCGAUGUAUGGCUUAUUUAGGGUUUAACUUUAGGUUUCCAUGGUUUUCUAAGCUUCCAUUUCCCUAUGUUUCCAAGAUUUCCCUAGGUUUCUCAGAUUACAAUGGUUUCCCCAGGUUUCCUCAGGUUUCCAUGGUUUCCAUGUUUUACAUGGUUUCCCUAGGUUCCUCAAGCUUCUAUAUUUUCUCCAAUUUUUACCAAUUUUUUUUGGUUUCUCUAGGUUCCUCAGGUUUCCCCUGGUUUCCCAUGUUUCCUAGGUUUCCCUAGGUUUCUCAGGUUUCCAUGGUUUAUCCUGGUUUCUCCACGUUUCCUAGGUUUCCACAGGUUCACCUGAUAUAUUCAUCGUUUCUGGUUCUCUAAAUUUUUCAACUAAUGAAUUUAUUUUCAAACUUUUAUCAAAAGACUUCAAUUAAAAAAAAUGAGAUUUCAAGAUUUUUUGAAAUCCUGUCCGACACUUUAAAAAAAGUUUGUAAGGAAAAUUAAAUUGUACUUUAUGCUUCAAGAUCAUUGUUAGAGAGUUAGAGUUUAUUUUAUCUAAUUACCAAUUUAUUCAAUCAUUUUUUUAAAAAUCAAUCUAUUUAGUUUAAGUUUGUGAUAAUUAAACACUAUGUUAAGUUAGGUAGGUCAGAAAAGCAAUGAUAUUUUAAAAUUAUUCAUCAGAUAUAGAAGGAUUCCGUUUUUACUCAGAAAUGCUCUAUGAAAUAAAAGGAGGGUACCUUGAAAGUAUGCACGCCGGAAACUAACCAAAAAAAACUAUCGCCACCUGUAGUCCUGAAAACUAUGGUUAUUUGAAUACCGGCCCUAUAUUCUGGCAGCUAGAGCAAGUUGUGUACAGUAUAUCUACCUAUUGACUGUAAAACGUGACAGUACAUUAUUAAAUGAAUCAUCCUCUUCUACAGGGAGGUCUAAUAUACCUGGAGAUAUUAUAGUAAUACUUCACCUGUUGCUAUACAAGUGCGGCCUGGCGGGACAAGAUUAGGUCCGUGCCAAUCAAUUCGAAUUUAUAUGUGCAGAAAUUAUUUGCUUGUAAAUUAAACAUCUGGUUGUAAACAUACUUGGUUGUUCUCGUAGUUACCACAAUCGGAAAGCAUAAAAAGAUUUGAUUGAUUGAUUAAGAAAUCAUGGCGACUUAAAAACCGGUUUUCAUGUAAUUUGUACAUUAAGUUUUCGCGGGCUAUUUAAUAACCGGUUCCUGAAAUGUAAUGAAUGCAUAUGUGAAGGAAUUCUCCCGGAUUUGAGGAAUGAGGACCUUGGUUCAAUCCAACAUUAUUUGAUCCAAGACAAAAAUAAAUAUACAGAGGUUCGGGUACACAUGGAGGCUGGUAGGAGGAGGAGGGAGUGGAGGAGGAGGAAUGAGAGAAUGAUAGAUAGAUUGAUAGAGAAGAGGGGGACCCGGUCCCUCAUGGCAGGUCUCAGUAUGGCAGGUGGAGCAGAAAGGGAACCUUCGGGGUUCAACCAUCUUAUACAAUACAGAUCUACCUUGAGAUGAAAACCUCCUGAAACCAGCUCCUGGUAUGAAUUCCGCCUGAUAUCUCCUGGUGGAUCUCCUCUACCCCCUCUAGGAGAGUAUGCAGGAGCUCCUGGUUCUCCUAGGCUGCCUAGCAGUCCUCCAUCCUCCAACCCCGGCACAAGGGAAAGGAGGCUUUCAUUGCAGUGCAGGGAUAUCAAAACACAUCUGUUUACCAGACAACUACUCGAAGUUCGAGCUUCCCUACACACAGGAGACCAACAAUAUAUCUGUAACUAUAGAUAUUGAGGAAGUACUGAAAAUAAAUGAUAAGGAUUACAGUAUAACCUUCUCGACCUACUUCAACGUGGAGUGGAUAGAGAGAAGGCUGUAUAUAGACCCGUCCUACGCUAAUAACUCUAACAUGCCUCAGAAUAUUCCGAUGACUCUGGAGUUUGUGAAAGAUCUUUGGGUGCCAAACAUUUUUAUCUACAACCUCAAAACCUACAAGGUGAUAAACGUGCUCUCUAAGCUGGCUGGUCUGUGGAUCGAUACCAGCGGGAACGUUAUGUACAGCCAUGCCACCCAUAUAACGUUCAUCUGUCCGAUGCGUUUUGACAAGUUCCCAUUGGACACACAGCGCUGUAAAUUCAAGGUCGGUUCUUACUCCUACGUGAUUUCUCAAAUGUUCUUCGAGACAAAGAAGGCAGGAUACUCAGAUGAUACUAAGUCUGCCAACAGGAUAGCUCUGGAUUAUGAAAUAGAAAUUCUACCUUUGGAUGAGGCAGACAAAGUAAUUGUGUUUGGAGAUCUUGGAAAUUUUUCCCUCUCCGGGUUUGAGAUGGUGCUCACUAGAUACGUUUCAACGUAUAUAAUCACGUACUACCUUCCUUCAGGACUAUUUGUGAUUGUAUCCUGGAUAUCCUUCCUGAUACCUAUGGAUGUGAUACCAGGACGGAUGGCUCUGCUGGUUACACUGUUCCUGGUUCUUGUUAAUAUCUUCAAUACAGUUACAACAAAUACACCGAAGGCUGAAGGGUUAACUGCCAUAGAGGCCUGGAUGCUUGCGUGUAUUCUCUUCGUUUUUGGUGCUUUAAUAGAAUAUGCUGCUAUCCUGUUUAAGAAGCAGAAGUAUGUGUCAAGCCAGCAUAAAGUAAAUCUAAGAAUAGUGUGCAAGGAUAACUUCAAGUACGAGGUACAUGAGAAGACUAUGGCUAGGCAUGCUGUAACAAUGCAACAGCUAGCUGAAGAAUAUUGGAGGAUUGACAAAUUCUUCCUGAUUUCCUUUCCGAUCUUGUUCUUCAUCUUCAACAUAAUCUACUGGCUGGCCUUCAUCCUGUAGUUCCUCAUUCUCAUCCUCAUCUUCAUCCUCAUCCUCAUCCUCAUUCUCAUCCUCAUUCUCAUCCU